AUGCGCCAGAAGCUCAUCUCAGCCCGCUUCCGCCAUCUCAACGAGACUCUCUACACCGAGCCAUCGGCCAAAGCCGAAUCUCUCUUCCAGCAAAACCCCGAGAUGUUCCAGGACUAUCACGCGGGCUUCCGUCAGCAAGUCUCCGUCUGGCCUGAGAACCCGCUGGACAAGUUCAUCAUCGCCAUCCAACAGCGCGGCAAGAUCAGGCCAGUACCACAAUCCAAGCCCGGCCGGCGCAACGGACCCACACAAUUCAAAAAGCCCUCGAAAGAUCCGGCAAAUGCACUACCGCGAACAGACGGGAUUGCGGUGAUUGCUGACUUGGGAUGCGGUGAUGCGCGACUUGCGUCCACGCUCACUGCGUCGGGAGAUACGAAGCGCUUGAAUCUUAAACUCCAUUCCUUUGACCUGCACGGCACGCCACCUUACGUGACGAAAGCAGACAUCGCUCACAUACCGCUGAAGGAUGGAUCUGUUGAUGUGGCAAUCCUCUGCUUGUCUCUCAUGGGCACCAACUGGCUUUCUUUCAUUGAAGAAGCGCAUCGAAUCCUGCAUUGGAAAGGCGAGCUAUGGGUCGCGGAAAUCAAGUCACGCUUCGGCAGGGGCAGCAGAGCAGGCAAACCCGUCGAGCACAGUGUUGGAGGAAAACGAAAGCAAGCCGAAGCACGAAAAGUGCAGGAAAUCAAGUCAAAGGAGCAAGAAGAAGCGCAUGAGCAAGAGGUGCUGCAGGCGCAAGUCGAUGGCGUGACUGUUACGAAGGACGAAACGGAUGUGUCGGCCUUUGUGCAGGUGCUGAAGCGCAGAGGCUUCAUCGUCAAGCCUCCUCCUGAGACUCACAUUGAUUUGAACAACAAGAUGUUCGUCAAGAUGGAGUUCGUCAAGGCCUUGACGCCGGUCAAGGGGAAGGGCAAGCCCGAGGGCAACGACAGAGCCGGUGGUCAAGGCAAGACCAAGUUCUUUACGGAUGAGGAUCUGGAGGCGGAUUCGGAGGAUGAAGCAAAGGUGCUGAAGCCUUGUCUGUACAAGGUCCGAUGA